AUGUCGGGGUAUCCGAACCAUCAAGAGUAUGAUGAUGGCUACGGCCAUCAUCAGCAGGGCAACACUGAGUCCUACUACGACAACGACCAGGGCCAGUACUACGACCAGAACGGCUACGAUGCUCAUGGAGGAGCUCACGCAGAGGGUCAUGACGGCUAUUAUGACGAGUCGGGCUACUACAAUGCUGACGCCAGCAACCCUUACCACCAGGAUGGCGGCUACUACGAAGGCCAUGAACAGCAACAAGACGGUUACUAUCAAGAUGGUUACUACGAGCAGGGCUACGACCAGGGUGGCUAUGGCGCUGGCGGCCAGCGUCGUGGAGGCUCCGAGGAUGAUUCGGAGACCUUCAGCGACUUCACUAUGAGGUCCGACAUGGCCCGUGCUGCCGAUAUGGACUACUACGGUCGGGGCGAUGAGCGGUACAGCGGUUACCAAGACGGUCAGGGUGGCCGUGGCUACCGCCCGCCCUCCUCACAGAUCUCAUACGGCGGCAACCGCUCGUCAGGCGCUUCCACUCCCAACUACGCCAUGGACUACGGCAACGUUCUUCCGGCCGGCCAGCGCUCUCGGGAGCCCUACCCUGCCUGGACAUCCGACGCCCAGAUUCCUCUUUCCAAGGAGGAGAUUGAGGACAUCUUCAUUGACCUGGCCAACAAGUUUGGUUUCCAGAGGGACAGUAUGCGCAACAUGUACGACCACCUUAUGACGUUGCUUGACUCCCGAGCUUCCCGCAUGACCCCAAACCAGGCUCUGCUCUCGCUGCACGCCGACUACAUCGGCGGAGACAACGCAAACUACCGGAAAUGGUACUUCGCUGCCCAUCUCGAUCUCGACGAUGCUGUUGGGUUUGCCAAUAUGAAGGGUUCCAAGUCUAAGAAGAAGGCCAGCAAGAAGAAGAAGGGCGCUGAGGAGGAGCAGACUCUUGAGGAUCUCGAGGGGGACAACUCUCUCGAGGCUGCCGAAUUCCGCUGGAAGACACGGAUGAACCGCAUGUCACAACACGACCGCGUGCGACAGCUGGGUCUCUACCUGCUGUGCUGGGGUGAAGCCAACCAGGUCCGUUUCAUGCCCGAGUGCCUCUGCUUCGUUUUCAAGUGCGCCGACGACUACCUGAACUCGCCGGCCUGCCAGAACUCGGUGGAGCCUGUACCUGAGUACUGCAGAGACCAGGGUUACGAAAUUCUGAACGGUGUCUACGUCCGCCGCGAGCGCGACCAUCACAAGAUCAUCGGCUACGAUGAUUGCAACCAGCUCUUCUGGUAUCCCGAGGGUAUCGAGCGCAUCGUCCUGGAGGAUAAGUCCAGGCUGGUCGACGUGCCACCGGCCGAGCGGUAUCUGAAGCUCAAGGAUGUUGCCUGGAAGAAGUGUUUCUUCAAGACGUACAAGGAGACGCGUUCUUGGUUCCAUCUGCUCGUCAACUUCAAUCGCAUCUGGGUCAUUCAUCUGACAGUCUGGUGGAUGUUCACCACGCACAAUACACCGGAGCUGCUGGUUCCCAACUACGAACAGCAGGUCAAUCAGGAGCCCCCCGCUUCCGCCCAGUGGGCCAUUGCUGGUUUCGGUGGUGGUAUCGCGUCUAUGAUCCAGAUCUUGGCCACCCUCGCUGAAUGGGCUUACGUUCCCAGGAGGUGGGCUGGAGCUCAGCAUCUCACCAAGCGUCUCCUGUUCUUGAUCGUGGUCUUCAUUAUCAACGUCGGCCCCGGUGUCUACGUCUUCCUGCCACAGGAUACCGUAGCGGAUUACAAUGCCCACCAGAAUUCCACGAUCUCGCUGGUUCUUGGCAUCGUGCAGUUCUUCGUCGCCAUCGCUACCUUCAUCUUCUUCGCCAUUAUGCCUCUCGGUGGGCUGUUUGGCAGCUACCUGGUGAGCAAAAAAUCUCGGCGUUAUGUAGCCAGUCAGACUUUCACUGCAAGCUGGCCCCACCUCAAGGGCAACGACAUGGCCAUGUCUUAUGGUCUCUGGGCUGUUAUUUUCGGUGGCAAGUUUGGCGAGUCUUAUGGCUUCCUGACUCUCUCCUUCCGUGACCCGGUACGCUACCUGUACAUCAUGGACACUUCCAGUUGUCUGGGCGACAAGUAUAUUGGCACCGUUCUCUGCAAACACCAGCCGGCGAUCACUCUCGCACUGAUGGCCAUGACGGACUUGGUGUUCUUCUUCUUGGACACUUACCUGUGGUAUGUCCUGCUGAACGCUGUCGUCUCCAUUGCUCGGUCUUUCUAUCUCGGUUCUUCCAUUUGGACGCCGUGGAGAAAUAUCUACUCUCGUCUUCCCAAGCGCAUCUACUCCAAGGUGUUGGCAACUACGGACAUGGAGAUCAAGUACAAGCCCAAGGUUCUCAUCUCCCAGAUCUGGAAUGCUAUCGUCAUCUCCAUGUAUCGGGAGCACCUCCUGGCCAUCGACCACGUGCAGAAGCUCCUCUAUCACCAAGUGCCAAGUGAGCAGGAGGGAAAGAGGACGCUACGCGCUCCCACUUUCUUCGUGUCCCAGGAAGAUCACUCAUUCAAGACGGAGUUCUUCCCCAGCCAGAGCGAGGCGGAGCGCCGAAUCUCUUUCUUCGCGCAGUCUCUGUCGACACCCAUCCCGGAGCCGCUGCCUGUCGACAACAUGCCGACCUUCACUGUCCUGAUCCCUCACUACAGCGAGAAGAUCCUGCUGUCUCUCCGAGAGAUCAUUCGCGAGGACGAGCCGUACUCCCGUGUCACGCUUCUGGAGUACCUCAAGCAGCUUCACCCUCACGAGUGGGAUUGCUUCGUCAAGGACACCAAGAUCUUGUCCGAUGAGACUGCGCAGUACAAUGGUGAUGAGGAGAAGGCCGAGAAGGACACGGCCAAGAGCAAGAUCGAUGAUCUCCCCUUCUACUGCAUUGGCUUCAAGUCAUCUGCCCCCGAAUACACACUGCGAACUCGUAUCUGGGCUUCUCUGCGUUUCCAGACUCUGUACCGCACUAUCUCCGGUUUCAUGAACUACAGCCGUGCGAUCAAGCUGUUGUACCGUGUCGAGAACCCCGAGGUGGUGCAGAUGUUUGGUGGCAACUCUGACAAGCUGGAACGGGAGCUGGAGCGCAUGGCCCGUCGCAAGUUCAAGAUCUGCGUAUCCAUGCAGCGUUACGCCAAGUUCAAGAAGGAGGAGAUGGAGAAUGCUGAGUUCCUCCUGCGUGCCUACCCCGACCUGCAGAUUGCCUAUCUCGAUGAAGAGCCGCCCGCCAACGAGGGCGAAGAGCCCCGUCUGUACUCGGCACUCAUUGAUGGCCACUCCGAACUGAUGGAGAACGGCAUGCGUAAGCCCAAGUUCCGCAUCCAGCUGUCCGGCAACCCCAUCUUGGGUGACGGCAAGUCCGACAACCAGAAUCACUCCAUCAUUUUCUACCGCGGCGAAUACAUCCAGCUCAUCGAUGCCAAUCAGGACAACUACCUGGAGGAGUGUCUCAAGAUCCGCAGUGUCCUUGCCGAGUUCGAGGAGAUGAAGACCGACAACGUCUCGCCCUACACUCCUGGUGUUAAGAGCAACACGCCUGCCCCUGUCGCCAUUCUCGGUGCCCGUGAAUACAUUUUCUCAGAGAACAUUGGUAUUCUUGGUGACGUGGCCGCUGGAAAGGAGCAGACGUUCGGUACCCUCUUCGCUCGUACGCUGGCCCAAAUCGGCGGCAAGCUUCAUUACGGUCACCCUGAUUUCCUCAAUGGUAUCUUCAUGACCACCCGAGGUGGUGUCUCCAAGGCGCAAAAGGGUCUGCAUCUCAACGAGGAUAUUUAUGCUGGUAUGAACGCAGUCCUGCGAGGAGGCCGCAUCAAGCACUGUGAAUACUUCCAGUGUGGUAAAGGUCGUGACUUGGGCUUUGGAUCCAUUCUCAACUUCACCACCAAGAUCGGCACCGGUAUGGGUGAGCAGAUGCUCUCAAGAGAGUACUACUACCUCGGCACACAACUCCCGCUCGAUCGUUUCCUCUCGUUCUACUACGCCCACGCCGGUUUCCACGUGCAGAACAUGUUCAUCAUGCUUUCAGUUCACCUGUUCAUGAUCUGCCUGAUCAACCUGGGUUCGCUCAAGCACGAAACAAUCCCCUGUGAAUACAACAGCAACGUCCCCAUUACGGACCCGUUGUUCCCAACCGGGUGUGCCAACACGGUUGCCCUCACAAACUGGGUCUGGCGUUGUGUCAUCUCCAUCAUCUUCGUCAUCUUCCUCGCCUUCGUGCCCCUGGUCGUUCAGGAACUCACGGAGCGUGGCGUCUUGCGUGCAUCCACCCGUCUGGCCAAGCAGAUUUGCUCCCUGUCGCCUAUCUUUGAAGUUUUCGUCUGUCAGAUCUACGCGAACUCGGUCUCCAACAACUUGUCAUUUGGAGGUGCCAGAUAUAUCGGUACGGGUCGUGGCUUUGCCACUGCUCGCAUUCCCUUCGGCAUCCUGUUCUCUCGAUUUGCUGGCCCUUCGAUCUACUUUGGAGCCCGCAUGCUCUUGAUGCUGCUCUUCGCCACCUUGACGAUCUGGCAGGCUGCGCUGGUCUACUUCUGGAUGUCGCUCUUGGCCUUGUGUAUUGCGCCGUUCCUGUACAACCCACAUCAGUUCGCCUGGAACGAUUUCUUCAUCGACUACCGCGAGUUCCUACGUUGGCUCUCUCGUGGCAACUCCGUCUCGCACGCCUCGUCCUGGAUCUCCUACUGCCGCUUGUCUCGGACCCGACUUACUGGUUACAAGCGCAAGCUCGUAGGCGAGCCAUCUGGCAAGCUGUCGGCCGAUGUACCUCGUGCGCACAUUACUAAUGUGUUCUUCGCCGAGGUUCUCGGUCCGCUGCUGCUGGCCGUCGUCACUCUGAUUCCGUACCUGUUCAUCAACGCACAAACUGGCGUCCACAACACUGGAGGCGUGCUGAAGGACAACGAUACUUCGGCUACGGCAACUGCAUCACUGCUCCGUGUCGCCAUUGUGGCUUUUGGACCCAUCGGCAUCAAUGCCGGUGUGUGCGGUAUGAUGUUCUUUAUGGCAUGUCUCGCGGGUCCGCUCCUGAGCAUGUGCUGCAAGAAGUUUGGCAGCGUUCUGGCGGCCAUCGCGCACGCGCUCGCCGUCAUCAUGCUAUUAGUCUUCUUCGAGGUCAUGUACUUCCUCGAGGGGUUCAACUUCACCAAGACCAUCAGCGGCAUGAUCGCGGUGGUUGCCAUCCAGAGAUUCCUUAUGAAGCUGAUCAUCACCUUCGCCCUUACGAGAGAGAUGAAGACUGAUCAGGCUAACAUUGCCUUCUGGACGGGCAAGUGGUACUCUAUGGGCUGGCACACUGUUUCCCAGCCGGCCCGUGAAUUCCUCUGCAAGAUCACCGAGCUGUGCUUCUUUGCUGGUGACUUCAUCUUGGGGCACACCCUGCUGUUCAUAAUGUGUCCAGUCAUCCUCAUCCCCAAGGUGGACAUGCUACACUCCAUUAUGCUCUUCUGGCUGCGGCCGAGUCGGCAAAUUCGGCCACCCAUCUACUCCCUUAAGCAGUCGAAGCUGAGGAGAAAGAGAGUGUUCCGCUACGCGGUGCUCUACUUCGCGCUGCUGGUUCUCUUCUUGGCACUGCUCAUCGCCCCCUCGAUUGUUGGCAAGUACGUGCCAAGCUCGAUUGAGAGCAUGCUUGAGAGCACCGGCUUGGUGCAACCCACAGGGCAGGACAACAACGAUACUAUCGGUCAUACGCAGACCGGUACGGGUGCUGCUGACUACUCUGGGGCCUUGUUGACGGUGACAGCAUCGGCGUCUGCCACAGCUUCGUCAUCGUCCAAUGCCAAGCUGAAGCUCUUCUAAGAUGAUGUGGAAUGUAUCAUAAAACAUAAAAGUGCAGAAGAGAGGGGAGUGGGCAAAUGGCAAGGGGGGGCCGGGGGAGGCUUCGCACAUGGCAAGGUGUUGGCUGCUUUUCUACUUUUGCCCAAAGGUUUGGGCGGUGCAAAUUGUAUUGAUUUUAUUUGGCAAACUACACGGAAGGAGGGCCUCACAAGGCAUGGUAAAUGGUUCUUUAGAGACACGAGCCUGGGAUUCGGCACACAUUCUAGCUUCUUCCGUGUGGUUGUUCCAUUUCUGACCAGACCACCCACGGAUAGAGUUAAAUAGGCAUAAUUAAUUUCUUCGGUUUCCAUAUG